AUGGCCAGAGGUGGCAGCGUCGGUAAACACAAGGGUGUCGCUGCUGGCGGCGUUGCGGCGGAGCAUGCGCGCGAGAUGCCCAAGUUGAUGGUGACAAAGCCGUGCGGGCGCUUCCCCGACAAGUACCUGCACAAGGAGCACGACAAGAUGAGUGAGGAGGAGGCCGCCCGCGUGGUGGCGGAUGCCCGUGCAACUGCGGCUGCGGAGGACGAGCGCAACAUGCGCCGGACGGUUGAUCCAGAUGUCCUGCAGCGGUGGCUGGAGUACAAGAACCGCAAGGCGUGGAAGUCGGCGUGCUUCUUCAAGAUCCAGUGGUUCACCGCUACUUCACGGUGGACUUCCAGGACCACUGGAUUGAGUGCGUGCGGCGGGUGGUUGGACGAGCAGCGGUCGAAGCUGGAGCCAAAGGCCAUCUUUGAGAUUCCGGACCGCUGGGACAUGCGCGAGGGUCAGCUGCUUGUUGAUGUGACCAACGAGGACGAGCUGGGCCACCGUGUGCAGAACGUGUCGCUGUUCAAGCGGUACUUGGAGAGCGUGCACCGCGUGUACUGGCGGCCCGCGCCACCAAACCUGUCCAGCGUCAUUGCGCCGCCCUCUGGCGACGACUACAACGUGUUUGUGCACCGCCUGCUGCAUGGCAUCUGCAGGAGCGAGCUUGACCUGACCAUCAACUACGCCAGCGCGGAGGGCUACUUUCGCCCGGGCCUGUAUUUCAGCCGCGACCCGUCGUUUGCUGUCAAGUGUGGCCACCACGAGGGCAGCGCAACAGGCAAGAACGACACCGCCAGCGAGCGGCACGUGUAUGUCGAUGUAUUGACGCCCCAGCCGAAUGACGUUGCUGAUCAUGGUGCUGAUGAUGAUGUCGCUGCAACUGCUGUUUCUGCUGUUUCUCGCCAUGGUGGUGACGAAGGAGAAGGAAGCGGCCGCGUUGCUGCUGGUGAAGAGAGUGAAGGGACUUCAGGUGGUGCCGAAGGUCCUGGUGGACGCAUGACUGCUUCUGCUGCUGGUGGGACUGUGUUCUACAUUCCGUUUGCGUACAUCAUCUACUUUGACGAUGAUGCUGUUGAUGUUGAGGAGGAAGUGGACGAAUCAGAGGAUGCGAAAGAAGAAGUAGUCGCGCCAGUCGUCGGGGAGGGGGAGUGA